UCCAAUUUGACGCCUUAUGCAAGGUCUGAAAUAAGGAGGACGCGCGCAUACUGCCUACAUAACCUCGUUUCCACGUAUUCAUAGUCCAGGCAGGCAGGGCUUUUCCUGAAAGUGCUCAGUUUCUCUGCUAGCGGGACGAAGGAGCGGAGAAGUCGUUUCCUGCUGGGUGGCUUCAAGAAGGGAAAAAAAGGCUCGCUCUGUUGCUUUGCGGAGAGAAACGAGUCUCUUCUAGCUUGGGCACAGCGAACCCUGGGCUGUUAGACGCCUCACCUGCUCCCCUGGGCACAGAGGUCUCCUCUCCUGCAGCCUGUUGCCUUCCUUUGAGCGGCGUUCUGUGCUCCUUCGGGACUCUUUUGCGCGCUCUCUCCCGCUUUCCCGCCGCUUUGGUGCUUUGCAUUUGUUUGGGCUCCUUUGCGAUGCUUCUAGCCGGCUUGUUUUGACUGGCUUCUUCCCGCCUCAGGAGAGGCGGAGGGCGUGCGGAUUGUUGGCUGGAGAGUUGCCACAGUGACCAACUCGGUUUUGCCCCAGCUGACCCAAUGUUACCCUCUUGGGUAGCGGGACUGGCAGCUGGACUCGUCGUCUCCCUGCAUCUCCUCCAGAAACUCCUCUUCCCUUACUUUUGGCUUGACCUGAAGUACUUGCUGAAAGUGGUCAAGUAUGGGCUGACGGUGGAAGUCUACAGGCUGCGGGGCAGGAUUUGCACCGUGCUGGAUAGGUUUGUGUAUCUGGCGGAGAGGCAGCCUGACAAGCCGUUCAUCGUCUAUGAAGGGAAGGUUCACACCUACCGGGCUGUGGACAGGAGGAGUAACAGGAUAGCCCAACUUUUCCUCAAGGAAGGGACACUGAAAAGGGGAGACACCGUAGCUCUGCUGAUGAGCAAUGAGCCUGAUUUCAUCCACGUCUGGUUUGGACUGGCCAAGAUAGGUUGUGUGGUGGCUUUUCUCAAUUUCAACAUCCGCUCCGGGUCCCUCUUGCAUUGUAUCAGCAGCUGCGCGCCCAAGAUGCUGGUAGUGGGAGCAGAUAUGCUUGGGACUUUAGAAGAAAUUCUUCCCAGCCUCCAAGAAAAUAUUAAGGUUUGGGUGAUGACGAGAAAAUCUGCUUUGCCCUACGUUGAUACUAUGUUAGACAAGCUGGAAGUUGCCCCUGAUGAUCCUGUACCAGUUCAUCUCUGUAUUGCAAAUAACUUAAAGGACCCUCUGCUCUACAUUUUUACCUCAGGAACAACAGGUUUACCAAAGGCUGCAGUUAUCAGUCAAAUGCAGGUCCUAAAAGGGGCUGCUGGAUUAUGGGCAUUUGGUGCUACUUCUGAUGAUGUAAUUUAUAUAACCCUCCCUCUUUAUCACAGUGCAGCUUCUCUCCUUGGCAUUGGUGGAUGUAUUGAACUGGGUGCAACCUGUGUGUUACGAAAGAAAUUUUCUGCUAGUCAAUUUUGGAGUGACUGCAACAAAUACGAUGUUACAGUUAUUCAGUAUAUUGGGGAACUGUGCCGCUACCUUUGCAAGCAACCUGUGAAAGAGGGAGAAAAGGAUCACAAAGUUCGCCUUGCUGUUGGAAAUGGAGUAAGAACUGAUGUCUGGAAGGAAUUUUUACAUCGAUUUGGUGACAUCAAGAUAUGCGAAUUUUAUGGUGCAACAGAAGGAAACAUCUGUUUCAUGAAUCAUAUAAGCAAAAUUGGAUCUGUGGGCCGAACCAAUUUCUUUUAUAAGCUCUUUUUCCCUUUUGAAUUGAUUAAAUACAAUUUUGAAAAAGAGGAGCCAAUCAGAACUGAGCAUGGAUGGUGUGUAAGAGUUAAGAAAGGUGAAGCUGGCCUUCUAAUAUCCAAAGUCAAUUCAAAGAAUCCAUUCUUUGGCUAUGCUGGGAAUAAAAGAGACACAGAAAAAAAGUUACUCUGUAAUGUGUUUAAGAAGGAAGAUUUUUAUUUCAAUACAGGAGAUCUCAUGGUUCAGGAUGAAGAGAACUUUCUUUAUUUUUGUGACAGGACAGGGGAUUCAUUCAGAUGGAAAGGAGAGAACGUUGCCACUACAGAAGUUGCUGAUGUCAUUGGUAUGCUGGAUUUUAUACAGGAAGCCAAUGUUUAUGGGGUUUCUGUGCAGGGUCAUGAAGGGAAAGCAGGCAUGGCCUCUGUCAUCUUAAAGCCUAAUAAGUUCUUAGAUUUGAAACAACUUUAUGAACAUGUGGUGACAUACCUGCCCAGUUAUGCUUGCCCACUAUUUUUGAGACUGCAGGAAAUAAUGGAAGUUACAGGAACUUUCAAGCAACAAAAAUUUCAGUUGGUGGGGGAAGGAUUUAAUCCAUCUGCAAUAAGUGAUCCACUUUAUUUUUUUGACAGUUCUAAAAAGUCUUAUGUUUUAUUAACCAAAGAACUACAUGAUGAGAUCUUAUCUGGGCAAGUGAAACUUUAAUGUUUAUUUAUUAACAAUGAUGUAUGCAAUUUGCUGCACAAGAUCAACAAAACUUUAACAAGGUUUCCUCAACUAUAUCAAUAUGGUCUACUGGGUAAGAGUGUAAAGGUAAAGUGUGCUGUCAAGUCGAUUUCGAGUCUUCGACUCCUGGCGUGCACAGAGCCCUGUGGGUUUUUUUGGCAGAAUACAGGAGGGGUUUACCAUUGCCUCCUCAAAUUUUACAGUUAAUAUUUUGUGGAAUUACUUUCUACUCUCUUUCUCCAUUUUGACCAUCAGUACAUUCUAAUUGUUUUCUACCUCUUAGAAUAUAAAAUAUAGCUGCAUAUUCUUAUAAACAUUGGUUUUCUGGUUUUCAUGUGAAUACCAUCCUACUUAAACAUUCUUCAUAGAAACAAAAGAUAUUUAGAGAAGAGAAUAACGAAGCUACAUUUUUAGAGAAGAGAAUAACAAAGUGCAGCCAUCUUAUGCGCUUAUGCUAGUUAUGUUAAUCCAAACAGCUCCUUAUACUGGACAAAAACUGGUAACUAGUUGCAAUAAGUGACAGUUGCGCUUAAUCUUCCCCACACAACUAUAAGUGAUUGUUCAUUUUAAAAAAAUAAAUAGAUGAAAGGUGGAGAAACUAAGUUGUAACAUUAAUUUAUGAACUAUAUAAGGACACACAUUUCUGACAUACCUAAGGAUUACCACAUUAUUUAUUUUACUGAAGCAAAGGUUUGUUAUAUUCUCUAUUUGUUUCUAAUUCAAUCAAUUUCCCAACUAUAAUGUAUAUAUUCUAUACCACAUUGGUAUACUUUAUUCCAGUGUCCAGACUCCACUUAAACUGGAUCUCUGAAAUAAUAUUUUUCAGUUAUCUUAACCAAACAUGAAUAAUUCAUAUUAUAUUUUGGGGCAACAAAAAUCACACUUAUUUUUCCACAGGUGUAUGGGAGAACAAACUUUUGUGUGCAAUCAUGUGAGAAGUUCAUGUGUAGAAUCAUCAAGUUCUACACAUGAUGGGAACCUGCUGCCAAUAGGAACUUCCCAAUGUGUGUACAUGCAGUAAAAUAGGAAUAUAAAAGGAUUGUACAUCUGUGUACAAGAUUUUGUUCUACCUUCAUGUAGGAAAGCAGGCCCUAGAUGAAGUCUUUCCUAGAUAUAAAUCAAGACUGAAAAGUUUCUAUCACUCUGCAUCCUGGCACCCAUUUCCAUUGUCAUGGAAAUCCUCUGUCUGAUCCUGUAUCUGAGAUUUACCUUGGAGUUAAAUUUACCAGGGUGCUACCUGGAGAGGGGUUGUAGUUGUAGAGCACAUACAUUGCAUGCAGAUAGUCACAGGUCCAUCCUUUGCACUUUCUGGUUGGGAUGAGAAAGACACAUUCCUGAAACCCUGGAAAACCACUGGCAGUCAACACAGAGAGUACUGAGUAAGAUGGACCAGUGGUAUGACUCAGUAUAAGAUAGCUUCAUGUGUUCAUAUAUGCAACCAACAUUCACAUAUGGUGUGACAGAGGAUACCCAUGCCCAGGGUAUCGAAUGAGAAAAUUGCUUCUUAAAUAUAUAGAGUACACUAACCUCACUAUGCAUUUCUUUUUCACUUACUAUAUGACAGCUGCUCUGCAAGCCCUUCAGAACAAGGCAUGUCAUUAAAAAAAACUUAACACAUUCAUGAACUAAUAAUUUUAUUGGAUCACAAGUGCCUGGAGAUUCUCUGUCAGUGGUGAAAAAAAUGACCCUAAGAUAAUGCCAUAAUAAACUUAUUGCCGUAAGUUUAAAAAUAACAGUCCUGCAAAUGCUCUUCUUGACUUAAUCACAAGAAUGGUCCUUUCUCAACAUAUUAAUUAUAUUGUUUAGAAACAGAAGGCUGAAUAUAUAAAUUUAUUUAAAUUACAAAAUAUGUUAACAUGUUGCUUUAAUGGAUAAAUAUUAAAGAACCAAUGUUUCAGAAAAUGUAACAUAUUUCUGUUUCAGUUUUAUCUAAAAUAAUCACACAACUAGGAUAAAUUUACACCAGCUUAUUUGCCAGGAUAUAUCCCUGGAUCAACUGAUACAGUUCACCAUUUCCAGGCAAGUUGCAAGGAAAGUACGUUUCUCUUAAAAACAGGAACAUACUUCCUCUGAGAUGUCUGAAGAGGAAUUGUUGUAAUCAAUGUCUGAAGAGACACUAGCUGACCACUUGACUAAAUUACUCAACAGAAGUUAUCAUGACUAACUUGUCCUAUUAAUUUAGUCAGGAUGUUAGCCAUUGUAUAGGAUAAAUUCUAUUGAUUCAAAUGAGAGAGAUCUGAGCAUGGACUUAACUGGCCUAUUAACAUGGAUGGAGUUUAAAAAUGCAUAAUUUCACCUGGAACACGUGCAUACUGUUUUAUUCAAAUAAUUGCAAUUCUACUAUUUGUCUACAGGUUGUUUGGUGGUGUAUAUUUAAUGGAUUACUUCUCCCUACUUGCUAUGAUGGUUAUUCCUCUAUUGCAAUCCAUUAUGUCUACAAGUGAAAGCUAGGAGAUAAUCUCAUUGAUUUCCACUUAGUAUGUGAAAUAACUGCAGACACACUGCACCGGCUAUAAAAUACAUUUGUAGCCAUCUCUUCUGUAAAUGCUUCAUUUUCAGUCCUAAUCUAUUAGGGAAGUGGUGUUUCCCCCCGCCCUCGUUUUAAUGGGAUGGCCAUUUUUACAAACAUGGCAAUAGGCCUGGAUUACCUCAGCUCCUUUUACUUUUCAAACUGGCAGAACAAUAAAAAAGGGCAGAUUCUUAACAAAAUACAAGCGUAGCCCUCACACUGA